UAUUUAAGAGGCAAAGAAAAAAACGUAGGUGAAAAGGCAUAUUAUCAUCAAUGGAAAAAAGCAUAGCUGAGCUAAGGGAAACCUUCAAAACUGGAGGAACUAAAAGCAUUUCGUGGAGGAAGAGCCAACUUAAGGCUUUGCUUCAACUCAUAAAUCAAAACGAAGACUCCAUUUUCAAAGCAUUGGAUCAAGAUCUUGGAAAGAGUCCUGUUGAAUCUUACAGAGAUGAGGUUGGGGUUUUGAAGAAAUCAGUCACUUAUACUUUGAGCUGCUUGGAGAAAUGGGUGGCACCUAAAAAGGCUGAAGUGCCAUUGCUCUUUUUUCCUGCAAAAGCUGAAGUGAUGCCUCAACCACUUGGUGUUGUUCUCAUUUUCUCAUCUUGGAAUUUCCCUUUCACACUGGCAUUGGACCCAUUGAUCGGAGCAAUAUCUGCCGGCAACACGGUUCUUUUAAAACCAUCUGAUCUGGCACCGGCAUGCAUGUCGUUUCUCGUCGAGACCAUCCCUAAAUACUUGGACAAUAAAGCCGUUAAGGUCCUUGCCGGUGGAGCAGAUAUAGGUGAACGACUGCUCCAGCUAAAAUGGGACAAAAUAUUCUUCACUGGGAGUCCACGAGUGGGUCGCUUGGUGAUGGCUGCCGCUGCAAAGCAUUUGACGCCGGUUACUUUAGAACUUGGUGGCAAAAGCCCGGCUAUUGUGGAUACCCUCUCCACUACUCCUUCAAAAGCAAAGGUGACUGCUAAAAGAAUUGUUGGGGGCAAGUGGGGGCCUUGCACCGGACAAGCUUGCAUUGCAAUUGAUUAUGUUCUUGUUGAAGAAAAAUUAGCUUCUACUCUGAUUGAGUUAUUAAAGAAGACAAUCAAGAGGUUUUAUGGUGAAAACAUCAAAAGCUUGAAAAACAUUUCCAGGAUUGUUAACAAGCACCAGUUUCAAAGAUUGGUUAAUCUUCUAAAAGAUCCCGAUGUUGCAGACUCAAUUGUUUAUGGUGGUUCAGUUGAUGAAGAAAAACUUGUUAUUGAGCCAACAAUCUUGUUAGAUCCCCCACUUGAUUCCGAGAUCAUGAGUGAAGAAAUCUUUGGCCCAUUACUUCCAAUAAUUACAUUGAAGAACGUUGAAGAAAGCAUCGACUUCAUCAACUCGAAGUCGAAUCCUCUCGUUAUUUAUGCUUUCACUGAGGAUGAAACCUUCAAGAAACGAAUUUUAUCAGAGACAUCUUCGGGAACUGUGACAUUCAAUGAUUCCAUGGUUCAAUUUCUAUGUGAUUCUCUACCAUUUGGAGGAGUGGGUCAAAGUGGCUUUGGAAGGUAUCAUGGGAAGUACUCUUUCGACACUUUUAGCCACGAAAAAUCGAUCUUGCAUCGAGGUUUUUAUCCGGAAAUAGAACCAAGGUAUCCUCCAUGGACCGAUUUUAAGCUUUUGUUCCUCAAAUUAGCUUACCAAUUUGACUACUUUGGGUUGAUUCUCCUCUUGCUAGGGUUCAAAAGGUCUUAGUUGAAUCCCUCCUUAAUAUGAAAAUUCUUUGCCUCUAAUUUAUAAUAAGGAUGUUUAGUUCUUUUCAUUAUAUGCUUUGUUAUAAAAAUAAUAUGUUUAAUUUUGAAUAUAUAUUUCUUUACUUUACGAAAUUUGAGAAAAUUUUUAUUAUAA